GGCAAGCCUGUCAAACCCCUCCAGCCCCUUAAGAGUGCCAGAACUAUCCCAAAACUCGACAAAAUCACUCUGCAUGCCAUGGUAAAUGAUGCAAUCGGAAAUAAGAGUAAUCUCUUGUCAGCUUUUAUGGCUUUCCAGAGUAUCACUGCCACUCGCCCUGAGGUUGUAUACGCUAGAAACUCUGUCGCCAAUUGGAAGCUUCGUGAGGGUAUGCCAAUCGGCGUCAAGGUGACAUUACGCGGUGAUGAAAUGUACCAAUUUAUGGAUAAGUUGGUGGAAAUCGUUCUCCCACGUCUUAAGGAAUGGCCUGGAAUGUCCAUGACCUCAGGUGAUGGCAAUGGUAACGUUGCCAUUGGAUUUCCUCCCUCUGCCCUCGCUCUGUUCCCUGAAAUCGAGGGUUCAUUCGAUGUCUAUCCUAGAAUGACCGGUUUUGAUGUCACCUUUAACACGACCGCCUACACCAACACCGAUGGCCGCCUUCUCCUUUCAGGCCUCUCUGUUCCCUUU